AUGUCGACGAAACAUGUUUUCGACAGCUCCGACGGUCUGGUCCUGAAGGCUCUUAGAGGCGCUGUCGCUCUCAAUCCGGAUUUGCGUUUACAUGCAGCAACGAAAUCCGUCUAUGCAAAAACGCGAAGUAACGCGCGUGUAGCUCUGAUCUCGGGUGGAGGAGCGGGACAUGAACCUGCUCACGCAGGUUAUACGGGUCGCGGCAUGCUCGCUGCUUCCGUAUCUGGAGAUAUUUUUGCCUCUCCAAGCGCGUCUCAAAUCCUGACGUGCAUUCAGCUUGCAGUUGCUGCACAAGAAACCAACCAAAUAUUGCUCAUUGUCAACAACUAUACGGGCGACCGACUCAACUUCGGUCUCGCGGCGGAACGCGCCCAUGGGUUAUCCUUUCUCCCGGAAGCUGGCUUGAAGCAGAUAGAUGGAGUAGAAAUUGAGACUGUCGUGGUUGCGGAUGAUGUAUCGUUAUUUGAUAAACCGACGCUCGUAGGUCCGCGCGGACUAGCUGGGAACAUUCUUGUGUGCAAGGUUCUCGGAGCCGCCGCGGAGUCUGGAUACAAUCUCGAGCGGUUGAAGAAGCUCGGCAACGCUGUCACUGCAAAUUUCGUGAGCAUCGGCGUGGGGCUCGCUCAUUGCCACGUCCCAGGACGUCAGAAUCCAAUAGAAGAGUCCUACAUUGAAGAUGGGGUGUGCGAGCUUGGACUAGGUCUACAUAAUGAACCGGGUGUUCGUCGGAUGGAGAUAGGCAACGCAGAGAAGCUGGUUGGAACAAUGUUGGAUCAAAUCUUGAGUAGCUCCGAUCGCAAAGCGAGAGCGUUAGGAUCGUUAGGACCGACGGAGACCUUCGUGCAAUCUGGAAAUAGCCUAGACGAAGUUGUUCUCUAUGUGAACAGCCUGGGUGGAAUGUCGAUACUUGAGAUGAGUGCCAUUGUAGACGAGACUGUAUCUCAACUCGCGUCGCGAAACAUCCAUCCUGCACGAGUCCUCCUUUCGUCUUAUAUGACAUCGCUGAACGCGCCGGGAUUCUCACUGUCUCUGCUUAACGUUUCUGCAAUCUGCCGAAAUAUCAGUUCGCCUAAUGAAUCGGUGGACGCAGUCACCGUUGCGGAGCUCCUUUCGUUCGUUGACUUCCCAACAGAUGCGACUGCGUGGGCUGGUGUUAAGUCUCACUGGCCUGCACCAGGGCAGCAUCGUGAUCGAGUUUCGGAAGACGAAGAAGUGUCUCAACUUCUCACCGCGUUCUCAACGAAUUCCAUCCAACAAUCAUUCUCAUCUGGUGAAGUUACGGAUGGCAGUUCGAGCGCUGGAUGGGCAAGUGCUGGUUUGGACCCUGAGCUCGUCAAGGCUGGUAUCCGCGGCGCGUGUAGAGCUGUCCUGGUAGUUGAGAAUGAUCUAACACACUUCGAUACUAUUGUUGGCGAUGGGGAUUGCGGUGCGACAUUCUCUAGCGGUGCACGAGCUGUGAUGAGGGCCUUAGAAACCGGCGAACUUGAUGUCAGUAAACUGGCUCCUUCUGACCUCAUGGCGGCCUUAUCGGAGCUUUUGCUGAACUCAAUGGGCGGGACUAGCGGCGCAUUAUUUGGCCUGUACUUCACGGCACUCUCCAAUUCACUGUCCUCGAGCCAUACGAAAGCCAAAUUACCUCCUACAGGCCAAAGCCUAUCACGGACGAGUUUUGCGACCGCGCCAAUGGCAGCCCUCGAAGCUCUCGGAACACAUACUCCAGCUCGUCCAGGAGACCGUACGAUAGUGGAUAGUCUGGCACCUUUCUGCUCCGCGCUCACGGCUGGCGAAAGUCUGCAGACCGCGGUAAAUCGAGCAAAGGAAGGUGCGGAAAGUACACGCGGUAUGCGAGCGAAGCUUGGACGAGCCACUUAUGUUGGGGCUGGAAAUGCACGGGGAACUGAGGACCUGGACCCCAAUUUACCACCGGAUCCAGGUGCUUGGGGUGUCGCUGCAUUAUUGGAGGGCCUCGUUGAAGGAUUGAAUGGAUUGCAUGCUUCUAAUGACUAACACUGAAAUCGAUGAAUAACAGAAACACA